CUCUCGAUACAAUCCCACCGUCCGUCUCCUCCGAAGUUGAUUUGUUGGAGUGAGGGUGAUUUCCGUGGUGAAUAUUGCGAGUUACACCUGAACCUUUAACACUUGUUAGUAUUUGCCAUCGCUUCUACUGGCGACGGAGCUGAGCUUGCUUGCUGACUUUAAUUUGGACACUGUGCUGUAAGGUUUCCAUGACGGCCAGCUCCUUCUGCAAUGCUGACUCUGUGUUCUCGAGAGAAGAAGGGGUAGAUAUUAGAAAGAUGAUGGAACCAAAGAGGAGCCUCUGCUCUGUGGAUCAAAGCAAUUAUGCCUCUAUUGCAUCUAAAAGACACAAGGCCGAUUUAUCCAUCUCCACAAAGGAGAGAAAGGAGAAGAUUGGUGAACGAAUUGUCGCCUUGCAGCAGCUCGUUUCUCCGUUUGGGAAGUCAGAUACUGCUUCGGUCCUUUUAGAGGCAACUCACUAUAUCAGGUUCCUUCAUAAACAAGUUAAGGUACUUAGUGCUCCUUAUCUGCAAUGCUCUCCUACUACCAAAACGCAGGAUGUAGAGGCGUGCAACCUGAGGAGCAGAGGAUUAUGUCUGGUUCCUGUGUCGUAUACGAUUGGAGUGGCUCAGAGCAAUGGCGCAGACAUAUGGGCCCCCACCAAAAGCACGUCAUCGCAGCUUGACUAGCCUAUUUCUAUCCCAACCUGGCAAUUUCACUUGACCCAAUUAAUUAGAUGAGAUUGAGCGUGAAAAGUUUAAAAGUUGCUCGGUCUUGAGGGUUAACUAUCUCUGUAUUAACCGCACAAGAGGCGUUCUGCUGUGCCGUAAUGGCAAUUUGUAGCUCGAGCCUGGAAAACAUAUCCAUGCAUCGACACCCACAUGGUGGCCUAGCUGUAGUAUUCAAAACCCCCUCCCUCGCCUUUAACGUCUUAAACUGGCGAUGCCCAAGCUAUCAAGUAUGGCAAGCCGCUUGUAUUCUUAUACUGAUUAUAAGAUAACUUGUAUAUUUAUAAAUGCUAGUUCUUAAGAUUGCGGUGCUACUUCAGUUUACUAUCCUUGUUUCCAGAGUGAAACAAUUUAUAAUGACUCGUAUGGAUUGCUAUCAUUUUGUA